CACCUGGCAGAUGCGUGGAGCGCAUUUGAAAUCCUGUCUCGGCAAGGGCUUGGGAAGUUGCGUGCAGCUUCAGGGGCCGCAGCAGUACCCGGGCCGGCGCUUCGCGGCUCCCUGUGCGGGAUUCGGGGGCCACAGAGCAGAAAUUAGGGACUCCGGCUGCGCUGCUGUCUGUGCCCCAGAAAUCCCCUGGGGCUCAUGGAGUUCGCCUUUUGCUUCUCAGCCUGCUUUCACAAGACGUUCCCGCUCGCAGGUUUCGGUCUCUCACUGUUGCCAGCGCCCCUUCCCCUCCUUCCGAGCAUCCCUGUGCUGGCGUAGUCACAUGCUUAGGCUUCGAUGCCUGUAAUCCCACCCUCACUGCCCGAGAAGGAGGAGGAAAAUGUGCGGGAGAGAAGUGAGCAGCCAGCAGAGUGGCAAUACAAACAGAAGGCGGAGAUGCGCGGCGGGAGCAGGGGGCCGGAGUGGCGGUGGCCCGGCUCUCCCGCGGGCGGCAGGAAACCUCCGGGGCGUUUGGCCGGGAAAGGAAACGGAUGGACUUGGCUGCUGGAGCUGAGGCACCCGGGAGAGGGGGGAAGUGGAAAGCGGGAAGCCGCCGGCGAAGGAGGGAAUGUUGCGUGCUUGCUCUGAGGAUGUGGCACUGUGUAGUGACAAGCAGAAGAGAGAGUGGCCAGAGCCUGGCUGGCUCUAAGGAAGUGGCCCUUUUGUUAUUAAGGAAGGCUUGGACAGCUUGUGCAGGUUUGGCAGCCACUGCCCCAGUGAUACUCGUCAAUCCAGGGAAGAUGCAUGGGAAUUGAAGGAAUGAGGGCAUGAAUAAAGCAGGGGUGCCCUCCUACAGCAGCCAUGUUACACCAAGCCUGGCAGCUGUAUGGAAGGUGGUGGCGUUGGUCCAGUCCUUUUAUCCAUCUCCUCAUGCUGACUGUGGUGACAUUUGGUGUGCUUGCACCUUUGAUUUGCCACCGGCUCCUCCACUCUUACUUCUAUUUGCGGCGGUGGCACCUGAACACUAUGAGUCAGGAGUUCCUGGAGCAGAACCGGCAGGAGGGCCAGGCUGCGCUCCAUUACUUUGAGAAGCUUCAGAUACCAAAUACCUCCGAGGCCUCUGGCAGUGACGCCUUCCAGCCCUUGCUGCUUGUCACCAUUAUCACUGUGCAGAGGCGGAAUGAUUUCCACUAUGUCUUGCAAGUGGCCUCUCACUUCCACCGUCUCCUCCAGAAAUGUGGUGCACAUUGUCGGAGCCACCGCAUCCUCCUUUGUAAUGUGGAGUCAGACCCCAGUAGCCAUCAGGAUGUCAGGCUGCUGAGCAGCUUCUUCCCUAUGGUCAGUCAUGACAGAACAGGUGAGAACCCUGACCCCAGAAUGAACCAGUUUGAGAAGGAGAAGCAGGACUAUGUCUUCUGCCUUGAGCAGUCACUAUUGGCGUACAACCCAGAAUACAUCCUUGUAGUGGAAGAUGAUGCUGUGCCAGAGGAGGAGAUAUUUGCUGUCUUGCAGCACCUCUUGUUGGUCCGGUUCUCCAAACCAUACCUCAGAGAUGCACUCUAUUUCAAGCUUUACCAUCCUGAGAGACUUCAGCGCUACUUUAACCCUGAACCCAUGAGAAUUCUCGAGUGGCUAGGUCUGGGCAUGUUUCUGGGACCCAUGCUGAACUGGGUGUACUCCUGGGCAACUGGGAGACCCAGCCUCUGUUGGCCUCUUGUCUUGUUCUUUGCUUUAUACAGCAUGGCUUUGUCAGAGCUGGUGGGACGGCAUUACAUGCUGGAGCUGCGCCGGCUGGCUCCCACGCUCUAUAAUAUCGUGCCAGUCACUGAAUGCUGCACGCCUGCCAUGCUUUUCUCUGCUCCAUCUGCCCGCCGUGCCUUAGGCUACCUGAAGGGGCUGCACUGCCGCCAGGGUUUUGCUAAGGAUAUUGCCCUCUACUCGCUGCUGCAUACUAAGGGAGAGAACGCCUACGUGGUAGAACCCAAUCUGGUCCGGCACGUGGGAAUGUAUUCCAGUCUUCGCCUAAAUGAUAACCCGAAACUGCUGUGACCUUUUCAUGCCUUUGCAGGCAUGCAGCCCAGAGAGCUUGCCACUGAGCAGAGAGACAGUGUGCAAACUCAGAUGUUGCGCUGCUAUCACUGGGCAUCCUGUGCCUCCAGGUGAACAAAGAAUAAGUCUAUUUAAAAGAAAGAAGUUUCUCAAAAAAUAAACUUACAUAUGUGCAGA